AUGGGCUCUGAUUCCAAUCGGAGGUUCACAGCGGGCUGUCCGCAGGGCGACCAGGAGGACGAGGGUCUGUCCCGGGGCAGCGGCGUCUGCAAGUGGUUCAACAUGCGGAUGGGCUUCGGCUUCCUGUCCAUGAGCACCAGGGACGGAGCUCCUCUGGAGGAGCCGCUGGACGUGUUCGUCCACCAGAGCAAACUGCACAUGGAGGGCUUCCGCAGCCUCAGAGAAGGCGAGGCUCUUGAGUUCACCUUUAAGAAAUCAUCUAAAGGGCUGGAGUCUGUGCGGGUUACCGGGCCCAACGGAGCGCCAUGUCUGGGCAGCGAGAGAAGACCGAAGAGCACCCAGAAACGACGCUCCAAGGGUGACAGAUGCUACAACUGUGGAGCACCCGGCCAUCAUGCCAAAGAGUGUCAGCUGCCCCCUCAGCCCAAAAAGUGCCAUUUCUGUCAGAGUGCCUCCCACAUGGUGGCCGGCUGUCCGCUCAAAGCACAGCAGCAGCAGCAGCAGCAUCAGCAUCAGCAUCACUCGUCUCCAGGCUCUCAGGGAACCUCACGGAGGGACGAGGACGAGGAGCAGAGCCGGGCCGCUCUGUCUGAAAACUCAGAGUGA